AUGGACAACUUCACCGCCAUCGCCGACUGUGAAGGGUCGUUCGGCCCCGCUGCAUCGGUGUGCAGCGACCGUUUCGACUUCACGCUGCUCUUUGAACAAUCGCUCCUCAACAUCGGCCCGUCCGCCGCCCUGCUCUUGGCGCUCCCGCUCCGGCUGCAACAGCUGCUCCGUCAGCGCCGAAAGGUGCUCCGCCAUCCCCUCAACGCCGCCAAAAUCGUGACGUGUGUCACUUUUGGCGUGAUCCAAAUUGCGCUGGUCUCGCUGUGGGCUCAGGCGCCGUUCGCCAACCGCGUUUCCGUCGCCGCGGCAAUCCUUGGGGUGCUAGAUGCACUCGCACUCGGCGUGCUCAGCCAUACUGAACACGUUCGAUCGAUCCGCCCUUCGACAAUCAUCAGUGUUUACCUUGUCUUCUCUCUGGCAUUUGACGCAGUGCAAUGCCGCACGCUAUGGCUUCUUCCCGGAUUGCAGAAACUGGCAGCAGUCUUCACGGCCUCAUUGACGGUGAAGCUGGCGAUGUUCAUGCUAGAGGUCCAAGGGAAGCGCAGGUUCCUCGUUGCCGCGCUGCGCAACCUCAGCCCUGAGACGACCAGCGGCAUCAUCGGUCGUGGUUUCUUUUGGUGGCUCAACGGGUUGGUGACGCGGGGGUUCAAGGCGACUCUGUCACCCGCUGCGCUCUACGAUAUCGAUGACGGUCUGAGAUCCGAGGAGCUUCUCCAGCGACUGCUCCAGCAGUGGGACCAGCGCAAGGGAAAGGGCAAGUAUGCACUUAUCAAGGCGCUCUUCAGCUCGACCAAGAAGGCUUGCAUUGCCACGGCUUUCCCCAGACUGGUUCUUAUUGGUUUCAAAUUUGCUCAGCCCUUCUUGAUCAACAGAAUCAUCACCUACGUCGAUGGCGAUAAGGGAUCCGACCCCAAGUCUGUGGCUUAUGGACUCAUCACAGCUACCGCAAUGAUCUAUCUCGGCACAGCUAUCGUGAAUGGAUUUUAUCAACACAAACUGUAUCGAUUUAUCACCAUGGUUCGAGGGUCUCUCGCAUCCUUUGUUCUGUCGAAGAAUCUCGAUGCCAAUGCGGCUGCAGCUGAGGACUCAUCGGCUGCUUUGACGUUGGUCAGCUCCGACGUGAGGAACAUCUGCAGGUCCUUUGAGACACUCCAUGAGGUCUGGGCGAAUCCUGUAGAGAUCGGCAUUGCUAUUUGGCUGUUGCAGAGACAGCUUGGACUUGGAAGCGUAGGCCCGGCUAUCACUAUCAUAGUGUGCACCGUUGGCAUGAGUAAACUUGGACAACUGAUGCCCCCGGCGAUGAAGCUAUGGAGCGAGAACAUCCAGACGCGCAUCACUGUGACUUCAGAGGUCCUUGGUUCUAUCAAGGAGACCAAGAUGCUAGGAAUGACGGAAUUCCUCCAGAAGGUAAUUCAGGAUCUCAGAAUCACUGAGCUAGUCAGGGCUAAGAAGUACCGUGCCAUGAUUACCUACAUGAAUGUCCUAGGAAAUUGUCCGAGCAUGAUCGGUCCCGUCGUGACCUUCGGAAUCGCGCUUCUUGCACAGAGAAUCAAUGCGGGAGGGUCGCUUUCUAUUGCAACAGUCUUCACAUCACUUUCGAUCAUUGACAUGAUUGCUGGCCCUCUAGCCCUGCUUAUCUCUUCCGUACCAAGUUUGCUUGCCUCUCUGGGAAGCUUCGAGAGGAUUGAAGAUUUCGUCGGUAACGAUCGUCCCUCAGAAGCCCCCACCACGAUGGAGCAGGCAAGACCUACUCCCUCCGAGAGCGAAGACGGAGUUGAGAUGCAGACCUUGACGACCAAGGGGUCUUCGAACCGAGAUCAUGUUGUUGCGGUCGAAGACGGCUCCAUCUCAAUCAAGGCUGGAGAUACACCUAUCUUAAAGGACAUUAACCUUCACAUUCUGCCUUCAACGCUGACAAUCCUCAUUGGUCGCGUUGGCUCUGGCAAAACAGUCUUGCUGCGAGGUCUUUUGGGCGAACUUCCCAUGACCGGCUCCGUCAAGACCUUGGAUGGAGGCGUGGCAUACUGUGCGCAGACCACAUGGCUCACGACCUCAACGGUCAAGGAAAACAUCAUCGCCCAAUCACCACUGAAUCAGGACUGUGGCGACGGUACUGUUGUUGGAAGCAAGGGCCAGUCUCUCAGCGGUGGUCAGAAGCAGCGUGUAGCUUUGGCACGCGCGGUCUAUGCGAGGAAACCUGUCUUGGUUGUCGACGAUGCGCUUAGUGGAUUAGAUUCCUCUACCCAAAACCAUAUCUGGGACAAUGUAUUUGGCCAGAAUGGUUUGGUUCGUCGGUUUGGAACUACCAUCAUCCUUGCAACACAUUCAUUAAGCUACCUGAAGUAUGGUGAUCAUAUCGUCAUUCUCGGCGACGAUGGUAAGAUUGCCAACCAGGGGGCAUUCACUGCUGUUCGACAUAGCGCCUACCUCGAAACCUUGUCCAUCGAGGACAACAAACACAGCAAAAACGAUGAAAGCGGCAUAUCCACCCCCGAAACGUCAGAGAGAAGCAAAAGACCAAAGACACCGGAAGGGAACGACAAGGAACAGGAUCUCCUGAGAAAGGCUGGAGAUACGACUCUUUACUGGUACUAUCUGAAGUCAAUCGGUUGGCUGUAUGGUUCUCUUGGGGCGCUGGGCAUGUUCGGCGACUGUUUUGUCCGAGUAUUUCCCCAGGUUUGGUUGAAGUCCUGGACCGAGAAUGAUGCAAAGACCGGGGGGGCAGACACCAGCAUGUACUUUGGCGUUUACGCUGGGAUGUCUGUCGGCGGCUUGUUUAUCAUUGGAUUGAAUAUUUGGAUGAUGUUUGUCAUGAUUGUUCCCAAGUCAUCUCAGAACCUGCAUUGGAAAUUGCUCCAGACCGUUAUGAGAGCACCUUUGUCUUUCUUUCUUGUCAAAGACACCGGCGAUCUACUGAAUCGAUUCAGUCAAGACCUCUCCCAUAUUGACCGAGACCUCCCAACUGCAUUGUUCAUGACUGCUAUCACGGUUCUGGACUGUCUUGCUGGACUGGUUCUCAUCAUGAUCGGUGCCAAGUACCUCGCGGCUGUGAUCCCUGUCCUACUGGUCGCUCUUUACUGCUUGCAGGCCUUCUACCUGAGAACCUCCCGUCAAAUGAGAUUCCUUGACCUCCAGGCUCAGGCACCACUACUGACCAAACUGGUCGAGACGAUCGAUGGUAUCUCUACUAUCCGGGCAUUUGGCUGGCAGGGUGCAUUCCGCGACUCAUCACUCCACCUCCUGGAUCAGUCUCAGCGGCCUUACUACCUUCUGUUCUGCAUCCAAAGAUGGCUUACCUUAGUUCUCGACAUCCUUGUUGGCGCCAUUGCAGUUCUUCUCGUCUCGCUAGCAAUGACGAUUCCGGAAUCGACCAGCACUGGUGCAAUCGCUAUUGCGCUUUACAACGUGCUCAAUUUCAACGCGUCGCUCGCCACUCUCAUCACCUCUUGGACGGAGCUUGAGACGUCUCUGGGUGCCAUCUCAAGAUUGAGAACCUUCGAAUCCAAGACGCCAGUUGAGCCAUCCCCUCCACCAGAGGAGCAAGCAACCCUCCCGCCCAAUUGGCCUUCGGAAGGUCGUCUUGAGAUCAACAACAUCACAGCAUCUUAUUCCCCAGACACUAGGCCAGUGCUGCAGGACAUAUCACUCACUCUGCAGCCAGGUGACAAGGCCGCAAUAUGUGGGCGCACUGGCAGCGGCAAGUCAACACUGACCCUCACCAUCUUCAAACUCUUGGGCUUGAACUCAGGCUCAAUCGUAAUCGACGGCAUCGACAUCUCCCAAGUGCCAAACAACGUGCUUCGCCGCCGUCUCAUCGCCAUUCCCCAGGAACCUCUGCUCAUCCCCGGAACGCUGCGCACUAAUCUCUUUCCGCACACCGAGGGUCUCAGCCUCCAUGAGAUCCCCUCAGAUGAAGCCCUCAUCUCCGCCCUCACAAAGGUGUCCUUGUGGUCAGCAAUCUCCCUCAGUGGCGGUUUAGACACCGAUGUCUCCAAUCUGGCCUUGUCAAAGGGCCAGAAGCAACUUCUCUGUCUCGCACGCGCCAUCGUCCGCAAGCACUCAAGCAAGAUUCUCGUUCUCGAUGAGGCGACGAGCGCCGUUGACCAGGAGACGGAGGAGAUGAUGGCCAAGAUUAUCGAGAACGAGUUUGCAGCUCAUACUGUGGUAUCUAUAGUUCAUAGGCCACAGGCGCUGCGGGGAUUGCACAUGGUGGUGACUCUCCAAGAUGGCAAAAUCCUGAAGAUCGGCCCUCCUGAGCUGUGA